AUCAGAUCACGGAUCCACACGUUCAGAUCUUUCCAGCACCUACCCACUGCUCUGCCAGUACAUACUGGACUGGCAUAAGGAAAGGUAUUAGAAGCACAUGCCUCGCUCAGGAGGUGGAGACAGGAGAUCAGAAGCUGAAGGUUAUUCUGGACUAUAAAGCAAGAUCCAGACUAGCUUGGGCUACGCGGAAGUGUCUCAAAGGUUGGGGGCACUUCAGGGCAGAGACCAGAUACAACACAGCCGCUAAAGACCGUGUGAGCCUGUCUUUGGCAGGGUGUGGAGAGAAACAGCUUCUGCAAGAGGAAAGAUUGCAGAGUAUGGUGACUCAGGCCUUUAAUCCAUCAAACCGGAGGCAGGGGGAUUAGGAGCUCCAGGCAGGAGGACUAGCAGGGUGGGUAAGUGAGCUCAGCACAAGCCAUAAAAGACCCCAGCUCAAAAUUUUCUUUUAAAAGGGCCUGGCCUGGCAAGGCGGAAGGAGCAUGGGCACCUACUAGUUGGCCUCUGACCUCAGCAAGGAGCUCUAGAUGACAGCUGGAGACCAACAAAGUUUCUAGAGGUGGUGCUCAGCAUCCUGUGUUGACAAUGAGCGGGUGUUUUCCAGUUGUUGGUCUACGAUGCCUAUCUAGGGUCUUGGAUGUGCCAGCGACCCUGGCCGUGGCCCGCUAACCAGCCUCUCCCUGGCCGGCUCCCGCCGCGCCGCCUCUCGCUUGCCUUCUCCUCCUGCUCCUCUUCCCCCUGCUCCCAGGACGGCAGGAUGGCUGCGCCGGGAGCGCCCCGCUUCCUCCUGACCUUCGACUUCGACGAGACCAUCAUAGACGAAAACAGCGACGACUCGAUCGUGCGCGCCGCGCCAGGCCAGCAGCUGCCCGAGAGCCUGCGUGCCACCUACCGCGAGGGCUACUACAAUGAGUACAUGCAACGCGUCUUCAAGUACCUGGGCGAGCAGGGCGUGCGGCCCCGGGACCUGCGCGCUGUCUAUGAGACCAUCCCCCUGUCGCCGGGCAUGGGCGACUUGCUGCAGUUCAUAGCCAAGCAGGGCUCCUGCUUCGAGGUCAUUCUCAUUUCCGAUGCCAACACCUUCGGGGUGGAGAGCGCCCUGCGCGCCGCCGGCCACCACAGCUUGUUCCGCCGCAUCUUCAGCAACCCGUCGGGGCCCGACUCGCGGGGACUGCUGACGCUGAGGCCCUUCCACACGCACAGCUGCUCGCGCUGCCCCGCCAACAUGUGCAAACACAAGGUGCUCAGCGAGUACUUGCGAGAGCGGGCCCACGAGGGCGUGCACUUCGAACGCCUCUUCUACGUGGGGGACGGUGCGAACGACUUCUGCCCCACGGGGCUCCUGGCGGGCGGGGACGUGGCCUUCCCGCGCCACGGCUACCCCAUGCACCGCCUCAUCCAGGAGGCCCAGAAGGCCGAGCCCAGCUCCUUCCGCGCCCACGUGGUGCCCUGGGAAACAGCCGCCGAGGUGCGCCAACAUCUCCAGCAGGUGCUGAAGACCACCAGCAGGUGUUGAAGACCACCAGCAGGUGUUGAAAGACCAC